GUGGGGGGACCUUCCUUUUUCUUUAAUACAAGGCGCCUGUUUCUCUAAUUUUCUAGAACCCAGCCAUUUAUCCUCUUCCUCCUCCUUUUAUACCAACUCACCACACCAUCUCUCUCUUACCAAAGUUAUGGUAUUGUUAAGAUUCAAAAACCCAGAGAGUUGGUUGUUUUAGCUCAUGGAAAGGGAUCCAACCAUCGUUCACCGAUUCUUCCUAUCUGGUUUCUAUUGCUGGGGUUGGGAAUUCUUGACCGCUCUUCUUCUCUUUAGUUCUUCUCUCUAAACUCCAUACCCACCGCCCUCCUUCAUCUUUAAACCUGCCUUUCCUUUUCUUUUCUUUUCUUUUUCUUUUUCUUUUUAAUAUUCUUUGUUAGAUUUUCUUCCAAGUAUAGUUUGGGGGGUAAUUGAAAUGGCGCAAAGGUCAGUUCCGGCGCCCUUCUUGACGAAAACGUACCAGCUGGUGGAUGAUCCGAACACCGACAACGUGAUUUCUUGGAACGAAAGCGGCACCUCUUUUGUCGUUUGGAAAACUGCUGAUUUUUCUAAGGAUUUGCUCCCCACCUAUUUCAAACACAAUAACUUUUCCAGCUUCGUCCGUCAGCUCAACACUUACGGAUUUCGAAAGGUUGUUCCGGACAAAUGGGAAUUCGCGAACGACAACUUCAAGCGAGGGGAAAAACAGCUCUUGUCCAAAAUCAGUCGUCGGAAGACGGCGACAUCACCGCCGGCUGAUGCUCCGGCGAAAGGCAAAACAUCUGGUGCUGCAACUCCCUCUCCGACAGACUCCGGAGAGGACCUAGGAUCCACUUCCACGUCAUCACCGGAAUCGAAGAAUCCGGGAUCGGUGGAGACGAAUCAAUUCACCGAUUUAUCAGAAGAGAACCAGAAACUGAAAAGAGAUAACGAGAUGCUAAGCAUUGAGCUGGCCCAGGCCAAGAGGAAAUGCGACGAGCUGGUCGCUUUUUUAACUGAAUGCGUGAAAGUGGGGCCGGAUCAGAUCAAUCGAAUCAUGCCGCAAGGAAGCUGUGGCUCCACCAUCAACGGCGAAGGUCCUGGCCGUAUCUGCGGUGUCGAUGAUGAUGAAAAAACCAGUGAAGAAGAUAUGGGGGGUUUGAAACUGUUUGGGGUUUGGUUGAAGGGCGUGGAAAAAAAGAGGGCUCGCGAGGAAUCAAUCAUGUACGGGGGACCUCACGCUAAGGAAAUGAAGACGGUAGAUUUUCGGCACGUGCCUUUGGUGAUGGAGAGCGGCAAGGUUUGCAGCUGAGCAGUCACGAUAGCAAGAAACAUUCUUGGUUUUUUAAUUGUGUGAUAAUUUUAGUGUAUUUUCAUAAGAAUACAGAUGAAUUCUUAUUAUUUCUCUUGUACACAAGAUUAGGUGGGUGAAUUAGUCAGCAUUCAGCAAUUGCGGGAGGCAAACAUCAAAUCUUGUUCUCCAUCUACAAUAUUGGGAAAUUAAUUACCCUUUUCUAGUCUCUUUCCUUUCAAUAUAAUUACCUUCUUCUC